AUGCAGGUUGGAGAAGUGUCGUUGAACCGGAUUCACUCUGGUUGUUCGACUUGGUGUUAUCGUCGCCAUCGAGGUCGUGAGAUUCAGGAAAGACCUGGCUGGGUCCAGGAUUAUCCGCAGGAUGUUGGCGGAAAUGGUUCGACUCUCAUACCAGCACCGGGCGUUCUACUGCUAUGUCAUUCUCAGCGAAUGUACAAGUACAUUGGCAUAGAUGAAAAGAGCUCGAUGCAAACCAGAGUUUUAGGAAACGACAUCUCCAUCAAAGAGUUCCCCAGAAACUUGAAAGCUGAUAUGAAAACCAAAAAGAUAUUCAGAUUUUGUAAUCCUCCGAGUGAAAUUACAGCAGAAACAGAAGGAAAGCUGGAUGGAAAUUUAACACUGGGAGGGAUUUUAGUAUUUGUUCGACACGGAGACAGGGGCCCCUUGGCGCACAUUCGUAAUAUAAGCAUAGUAAACUGCGGAGGAGACUUUAGUUCCAUACCUGAAUUAGAAACUUUGUACCAGAACUAUGUAAACUUCUUGCAAAACGUCUCCAGCUAUUCCAGAACUGCCUGGGCACAAUUCCUCGGGCCGUUUCAUGGUUUCCCUAUGUUGCCCAGUAACUCUAAAGAUUGCAGAAUCGGUCAACUGACUACACUCGGCAUCGGACAGCUACUGAAAACAGGAAUCAUACUCAGAAACGCUUAUUACCACAAACUGAAUCUGGGAAACGGCUCCAUAUCCAGCAGAGACGUUGUUGUGUACAGUACUAGGUAUCGGCGAACCGUGCAAAGCGCAGUUGCACUGCUGUAUGCCCUGCUGGAGACGGAUGGUUUUCAGAAUCUGGCAAAAAUCACUAUGCAAGAAAGUCAGAGCUACGCUUUCUGCAACACAGACUGUGCGUGUCCUGCUGCUGAGAAGUUCUUCAAACAACACCUAAAGAGAGGCAAUGCCUUGUUGCAGGAGAUGUCCGAUCACUUGAAGUCUCAUCCAGCUGUGGCUGAACUUAUACGACAAGCUUCCAACGCAGUCUUCGAGAUCCCUGAUCAAGCCCAAACGACAGAUCCCAACACCCUGAAGGACGCGCUGUUAACGUACAUUUGCCACGGUGCUUCCUUGCCUUGCAUAGACUUCAACGCUCAGAGGGUCUGCGUAAAAACGGAACACGUGACCGGCUUGUUUACGUAUACAGAGUGGGAAUCUAAACAAGUGGCGAAGAGCAACAGUCGUAGAAAAUACGGAUUGCUAAGAGCUUACGGGCUACUUCGAAGUAUCGUCUCUUACAUGCUGCGAAUCAUCUCCGAGGCGAGACCGAAAAUAGUUCUGUACUCUGGCCACGACAAGACCUUGGAAUACCUCGCAACAGCUCUGGGCAUCUUCUCUGACAAGUUGGCCAUGCCACACUACGCUUCCCGCUUUGUGAUCGAGGUCUAUCGCAUAAAUCCAAGGAACGAGAACCACGUGGCCAGUGAUUUCUACUUCCGAGUGGUGAUCAACGGGAAGGACUUCACCCAGAAGAUCCCGUUCUGCAGGAACGCGAAUUUCUACAGCAUCAGUUACACCGAACGAAACGAGGCAGAAAGAACGCGCCGGGAUUCAAAAUUGUGUCCGAUUGAAACGAUCAUCAGACAACUUCACGACGACUACUUCGGAUCGUUCAACGCGACCAACUUCAAGGAUGCUUGUACCAGUCGUAAGCGCGGGUAAUUCAAAACGUUAUUCGCACAAUCUUUUUUUUUCUUUUUGCGAAGAUCCUCGAUCGAACACAGUCGUUUAUUCGAACGUCUUCGACGACAAGGGAAAUCGGAGAUAUGA